AAUCCGGGCGGGGCAGCCACGAGCGCAGACGGUCCGGAGUCGUGGCGCCGGGCAGCGCGUCGCCUCCCUCUCCUCCCGCGCCGGCCAUGGCAGCGCUGCCCGGUGCCGCAGCCCCCCGGCUGCUCCUCAUCCCUAGCAAAGCAGCCGAGCCACCCGGCCCCGCGGCCGGCCGCCAUAUUUCCGUUGUCCUGCCGGUAGGAGCCGCCGCCAGCUCCUCGGACCUGGAGGCCCCGCAGCCGGCCCGCAAGCGGCAACGGCUCACUCAUCUGAGCCCGGAGGAGAAAGCGCUGCGCAGGAAGCUGAAGAACCGCGUGGCGGCCCAGAGCGCCCGGGACAGGAAGAAGGCGCGGAUGACGGAGCUGGAGCAGCAGGUGGUGGAGCUGGAGGAGGAGAACCAGAAGCUGCUGCUGGAAAACCGGCUCCUGCGGGAGAAGACGUGUAGCCUUGCUCUGGAGAACCAGGAGCUCCGCUGCCGCCUGGGCUUAAAUGCUCUGAAGAUGGAGGAGGAGAGCGAGUCCGAGGUUGUGAAGGAAUCACAGGUGGAUGAGAUUAGAUUGGUGACCGGGUCCGCUGAGCGCAGCACUCAGACUACGUGUUCCUCUGCAGCAGGUGCAGGCCCAGCAGUCACCAUUUCUGAUAACUUCCACAUGGAUUCUGAUGGCAGUGACUCUUCAGACUCAGAGUCUGAUCUCCUCUUGGGCUUUCUGGACAGUCUGGACCCAGAGAUGUUUUUCAAAUAUGCUGAUUCAGAGUCGACAUGCCUGGAAAAGCUGGAGGAAGAGAUCUGUGGAGAAACAAAUUCCAUACCAACCUCCCCCUCUCCCUCUUUGGGGUCCCCAUCAGCUAAGCUGGAGGCCAUUAAUGAACUGAUAAGGUUUGAUCAUGUGUACACAAAGCCCCUAAUACUGGAGAUUCCUGUUAAAAUGGGCAACCAAACCAAUAUGCUAGUGAAAAUUGAAGAAGUCUCUCUCUCUCCAUCUGAAGAUAAAGCUGUCCCUAAGGUCCCAGUAUCUGUGAAAGAGGAACCUGUAGACAGCUUCAUGCCUGAACUGGGCAUCUCUCAUCUGCUUUCCUCUCAUCAUAGCCUUCCAGCCUCAAGCUAUCUGUUGGAUGCCUGUAGUGACUCUGGAUAUGAAGGAUCCCUGUCGCCCUUCAGUGACAUGUCCUCUCCACUUGACACUGACCAUGCUUGGGAGGAUAGCUUUGCCAAUGAACUCUUUCCCCAACUGAUCAGUGUCUAACUCGGUAGUGUUAACUCCCCUUGGAUAACUAUCCUGGCAGGAUAACAGGAUAUGCCCCUUUGGGGUGGUGGUGGGGGAAAUUGAGUGUAUUCAGAAAAGCAUUGCUUAUUUCGACCCAUGCUAAUAGAUGGAGUGAUGGCCAAUGCAUUUCUCCUGCUAUGAAAAAGCCUAGGGUGUCCUGUCCUGCCUGCCCUCCCACCCCCACCAGUGGUGGCUUAUGAGGGAGGAAAGCUUGUUUUUCUAACUUGCCAAUUCCAUAUGAACCUGAAAAUGUUCAUUUUGUUUUACAUUUAAAAUAAUUUUGAAACCAAAAAUUGCAGUGGGAUAUUCAUGUAUAGGCAACUGGGUUAAAAACUAAAUAGUCUGUACAUCUUGCAGAUCUACUAUGUAAAUGCUUGUUUUCCAUUUGCUAUGUAGAGUUGCUUUUUCCAUUUAAUAUUUAACUGUAUUGGUGCAAUUAAAGUGCAAUGCAGCUCACUGACCCUUUUUUGCCUUGGAUCUCAGUGGGGUGGGAAGAUUAUUUGGGCCUUGCAGAAUUUGAAGCUAUAGAAAUUUUAAGAGAUUAGGUCACUUAGUGUCUUGUCCUUACACUACCAUAAUGCACCAAUCCAGCAGCAGUUCUAUGCUGUAUGUAGCUGGAUGUUGUAGCAGUUUCUUUCUGGGAGCACUUAAUGUUGCAAACUCUGUUCAAGGUAGAUGGGUUUGUAUGAUGGCCAGAGCUGUUAGAGCAAAAUCUACAGUCUGAAUAGGGAAUACAGGUAGCAGUAGCUUGAUGUCUGAAUAAAAUUCUUGUAAUAUCUUCCUGUUGGCCAGUAAUGCUAUUUGAAAUGCUCAUUCUGAGUGAGGGAGGGUGCGUUUCACGUGGCAUGUCUAGUGUUUGUGAAGCUGUGUGAGACAUACAUGGGGUGAAAAAGGUGCAGGUCCUAUGUUACCACAGGAAUUCCUGAAGCAUAAAAUUAACUUUGCAGGAGCUAAUUUCAAAUACCACAGUAGGACUUUUUUUUUGUCCUCAUACAUUUUGUUUCAAUGUCACAGUACUCAAAACACUUGAAUUGGAGUGAGAAGAAACUGAGAUUUUAUACUGAAAGUGUGAGAGCUGUUCCAGGUGUUCGCACAACUGUUCUUUGUUUCAGUGCUAUUUCAUGUCUUGCAUUAAAUUUGACAAAAAUAACUUGAGAUGGGGGAUGGGACAGGAGGGUAUUGGUCACUAACAUUCAAGGUGACAGGACUGCUUUGGAUUACAAACUUGAGCAACCUAGCUUGUUGUAAUAAAACAUUAUAUCUGAAUAUUGGAUAGUAAAAACUACAGCUAUGCAAUAUAGCAGAACCUUAAAUUAAAAAAAGUAAGUAGUCUGAGAAUAAGUUGCUUUACUUUCAAGCUGGAAAAUAGGGAUGGCUGCAAGAGAUCUCUUGGUACCUAAUAUAUGUUGCUGUGAGUCCAAAAAGCAAAUGGACAGGUGAGGAUUUGAUCCAUAGUUUUGCAUUACUUUUGUCAGUAUUAUUGGAACUUCAUAUGAAACUAAAAAAGUUCAAGUAUAGCAGAAAUAAUGUAAGGAAGAGGUUUCAUUUCUUUAAAACUCAGCUCUACAUUUUCUAGCUUGGAAGUUGAAGACACAGUUUACAGAAAUAAGCAUGCAGUAGUUGAAAGUAGCACCUGUAAAACAAUUGGUAUUUCACAUACUUUCCUCAGGGCUAUAGGAAGGUUGAGACUAGCACACCAAAGAUGCGCAGCCCAUCCCACUGCUCAUGCUUAUUUUUGUUUCUUCAGGAGCUGAUCCUAACUGUAGAUGAAAUGGAAUUUUUGCUGAUGUGUGCUAUCUCCCUUAGGAUAUCUCAGGUUAUCAAGGAUGUUUCUCAGUCCAGUUUUACUCGUGUGAUGUUUAGGAUUAGAAUUGCAUUUUUUGUGCACCUAGACAAGCUACUGUGACUAAAGCAAGCACUUUUUAAGCAUGACAACUGAUAACCAAGCAUUUUAAUAGCUACUGAAAGUAAGGCCUUUACCAAAAGAAAUGAAAAUCAACUAAUGAAAUCAAGUACAUAAAGUUAAUAGUUUUGCUGCCUGAACAUCUUUUUAAAGUCUUUCUUCCCUUGUUAAGGUAUGUGGGAAGAGUGUGAACAAGAGGUAAGAGGGCUUGCCAUAUAUUAUGCAUUAAUUUAAAUAUAGUUUCUGCUAUUAAAAACACUGUAAGGGCAAGUCUUUCUGCUGUUUUGGGUUAGUUGUGUUUUAGCUUAACUAAUGCAGCAAUAAAUGGUGGCACAGCAAAAAAUCUACACUGAGCAUUCAAGAACCUACCC